AUGAUGGUUGAUGCACCUGCCACCAUGAUAAUCCGGAGUGUUGCACGGAGGGUCGGCCGACCGGCACCUUUUGUCCUGCACCCGUUGUGCCAGCGGGCGCUGCUGUCGACCGGGACAACGACGACGACGACGACGGCUGAGAAGAUGGCGACUGGGAUAUCCGCCGGAGAGCCACGAGCACAAGAGGCGGCCCAGGGUGCGGUGCCAGUGGCAGCACCGGUGGCCGGACGGGCGGCAUGGGGCCAGCGGCGACGGGGAGCCGGUCAGCCGGACACGAUUGCGCAGGACUACAUCGCGAUGACGCGGCUGCAGCGCAAGACGCUGCGGCUGGGCUCGGCAGUAGAGAGACGAUAUGUGCCGGGCGACCUGCUGCGGGACCCGCCAGCACCGCGGGACGUGACGCUGGAGCUGCUGAUGGCGUCGCAGACGCACAUGGGACACCAUACGUCGCUCUGGAACCCGGCCAACGCGCGCUACGUUUUGGGCGUGCGCAGUGGAGUGCACGUGAUUGCAUUAGAGCAGACGGCAGCGCAUCUGCGACGGGCGGCGCGGGUAGUGGAGGAGGUGGCGUACCGGGCCGGGCUGAUCCUCUUUGUGGGCACACGACGCGGACAGAUGGACAUUGUAGUACGGGCGGCCGAGCUGGCUGAUGGCUGCCACUUGUUCACCAAGUGGACGGCCGGCACGAUCACGAACCGCGACCAGAUCCUGCGCAAGGCAGCGCUGCGCAUCGUGGACGAGAAUGAUGUCGAGACGGACGGCGGCGACGGACUGGUGUCGGAUCUGCGGCCGCUGGUGCCGGACCUGGUCGUCGUGCUGAACCCACUCGAGAACCAUGUGCUGCUGCACGAGUGCGCCAUGGCUACCGUUCCCACCAUUGGCGUCAUCGACACCGACGCCGACCCGGCCCGCGUCACUUACGCCAUUCCGGCCAACGACGACAGCCUGCGCUCCGUCGGCGUCAUCGCUGGCGUGCUCGGUCGUGCUGGCGAGAUGGGCAAGAAGCGCCGCCUGCGCGAUGCUGCCGACGGCGUCGUCGCCUGGACCAUCCCGCCUGACCUGGCCAAGCUCAUGGGCCGCGCACCCACCGAGGACGACGAGGACGGUCAGGUCGCCGGCAUCGGUGGCCUGCGCCGCCGCAACUGGCUGCUGCAGGCCGGCCGGCUGUUCUAG